AUGGCUGACCCCAUAGACAGCGCCCUCGACCUCCUCAGGCGCCUCAACCCUAAGGAUGUCAAGAAGAACGUCGACCACAUUAUCAGCCUGAACCCCGCGCUCGAAGAAGAUCUCCUCGAAUCCGUCGAUAUCCCGCUCACCGCGAAGAAGUGCUCGAAGACGAAGCGCGAUUUCCUGUGCUGCGACUACAACCGCGACGGCGAUAGCUGGAGGAGUCCGUGGAGCAACGAGUUCGAGCCGCCGAUUGAGGAUGGCGUGACCCCAAGCGAGAGGAUCAGGAAGAUGGAGGUCAAGGCGAACGAGGCGUUUGACGUGUAUCGUGAGCUGUACUUCGAGGGCGGCAUAUCGAGUGUCUACCUCUGGGACAUGGACGAUGGCUUUGCAGGCUGUGUGCUGUUGAAGAAGGCGGUCAACCCCACACAACGCAGCUCCGGCAGCUGGGACAGCAUUCACGUCUUCGACGCGCAGGACCGCGCCCGUACCGCCCACUACAAGCUGACCUCUACUGUCAUUCUCUCCCUCGGCACUGACUCCGAAGCGCUCGGUGGUCUGGACCUGUCUGGUAACAUGGUUCGCCAGGUCGAGGCUGACAUGGCUGUCGAGGACGACACUUCACACGUUGCGAACAUCGGCAAGAUGGUUGAGGACAUGGAGCUGAAGAUGCGCAACUUGCUGCAAGAGGUCUAUUUCGGCAAGGCCAAGGAUGUUGUUGGUGACCUGAGGAGCAUCCCGCCGCUCAGCCAGACGAACAAGGAUAGGGCGACACAGAGGGAGAUGAUCAGCAGCAUGGGGAAAUAG